ACAGACAACGCGGUCUGGUACACGAACCUGCUGGUGUCUCACUACAUAUUUUAUGUGGAUAUUUAGCACCCUAUAAGAAUCAAAAUUGACUGAUUAGUGCCCCCCUCCCCUCAAAAGGUUUUAAUGUGAAAACGUUCCUUAACAGUCUGUACUCUUCACUAGGGGAAGGAAAAAAAAAUAAAAAAAUGGAGCUAAACAACAUCGAUUCAACUGAAGACUUGGAUCGUUUCUUGAAGAAUGUCGACGAAAUAAGUAAGCUUGUAAAGGAUCUAAACUCACCAGACAUUGAAGUCCAGCAGAAAGCUAUCAAAAAGGCAGAUUGCCAAAUUGCAUCCCUGAAUGGAUCCUGCAGGACUAAAGUCAACAAAACCACAAUCAAUACAAACCCAACAUCGAAAGCUCCCGUGGAUGCCCAAACUGAAAGUGCGGAGAAUUUCAUGAGGUUUAUGGAGAGAGAUGCGGAAGACAGGAGGAAGAGGAGGCUCGCUCAAGAGAAAAAGGCCACUGCGUUUAAGGACAAAGGAAAUCAAGCCUACGCUCAAAGAGAUUAUGAGACCGCUGUGAAAUAUUACAGUAAAGGCUUGGAGGAACUACGUGACAUGCAGCAGUUGUAUACCAACAGAGCGCAAGCUUACAUCAAUCUAGAGAGGUAUGAGGAGGCCAUCAAUGACUGCGAAUGGGCUUUGAAGUGCAAUGAGAACUGCACAAAGGCUUACCUCCACAUGGGCAAAGCGUAUGUUGGAUUGAAGAAGUACAGCGAGUCCAGAGCAUGCUUUGAAAAGAUAGCUCAACUCGAACCACAGAUGGAAAAGAUGGCUGAAGAAUACCUGAUCAAGAUGGAGCUGGAAAAGAAGAAAGAGAGUGAAGAAUUCAACGCCAGGCAAGAUUUUGACAAGGGAGUGGAAAAGGCCAAACUAAUCCCUCAGCUUGUGGAGAAGCUGUCAGAGCCUGGGCAGAUGCUGCUCUACUACUGCGGAAUAUUGGAGAUUCUCUCCCAAGCAGUGACCAACUGCAGCGGCCAGACGCUUUUCAGGCUGCACAAUGGCUUCAAUAUCAUCGACAGCAAUGACACGGCAAGGAGUUGCCUGUCGCAGGAAGCAAAUGACCCAUGCAGCCAAGACUUGUGUGCUUGCAUUCUCAAUGUUUGGACGAUCACAUGCAGAGAAAACGAGGAAAAUCAGAAAAUACUGAUGGCGAGUCCAGUGUCCAAAGACUCCAUUGUGGAUUUGAUCUCAUCUGAACAUGACGCAGUACAGAAAGAGUGCCUGGAAUUGUUAUGUUUGUUUGUGCAAACUGCACAUGGCAGACAUCUUCUCUUGGACAACUUGGAUGUCGCCAAGUUAACGAGGAGCCUCAUGGCGUGCGUCACGAAGCCGGGCCGACGACGGGAGAACGGAGCGCUCGUCAUUUUGCAGGAGUUGGCCGGAGAAAAAAAGUUUUGCCUCCAACUAAAGAAUGUGCUUACAAUUUCGGUCUCUGAGCAGUUUGCAGCCAUAAUGAGCAACAUCAGCGAGGACAAUCGUCACGUCGUCCCUUCGCUUUUAUCAGCUGUUGGCAGUAUGAGUCAAGAUGACAUCAUCCGUCACGCUCUUGCUCACAAUGCAGAGUGCUGGAAGGCCUUUCUGCUUGCCAUUAAGCAAUGCCUUGCAAGCAGUUACAAGGAGAUCCUUUACCCUCUCCUUGGGUUGAUCAUCAACCUUUCAACCGUGACCUCCUCUGUCAUCAAGGAAAACGCAGUUUCACUAUGCAGCUUCUGCCUGGACCUGCUGAGGGAUGAUGACGAAGGUGUUGUUACUAGAGCCAUGGGCGUGUUGAGCAACGUCCUCUCUCAGUCCUCCAAGGCUGUUAAUCAUGUUGUUCAGAGAGAUGUGGUGAAGACGGUGCACCGGCAACUCAAGCAAGCCGACUUGGCCGCCACCAAAUACGCUGUAAAGAUUCUGACAGCGUGUACGGCCGCCAGCCAAAUUGCCCGGGAGGAGCUGGUAAAGCCUGACAAAAAGCUGUCUGUUCUCCGCCGUUUGCUGAGCUCCAGCUGUGAUGAGAUGGUGUCGGGAAACGCUGCCCUGUGUUUGGCCCAUUGCCUGGAAUUGAAGGGUAUCUCCAACAACCUGCUGGGCACCGAUAUCGUGCUUGAGCUGCUUCGCCAUGCCGCCGGAGAUGCUAAGAGGACAGCUGUGCAGCAGAAUGCAGCCAUUGCUCUAGGGAAGUUGUGUCAAUCCGAGCCCAGACACGUGGACAAACUUCGAGAGCUGCACGGCUUUGAGAUCCUGCACUCCUGUAUGAAGCUCAUUAAAUAAAUAUGUGAGAACAAUCAUUUAUUAUCAUUAUUUCUUUUUUUUUUGGAACUUGGAACACUGUUCUUGACUGACCUUGUUUUUCACGCCAACAUGGAAUGCAGACUAAUUAACAGAAAGAUGCCCCAACGAUGGAACCGGUUCAGUCAGUUUUGCCAUAUUAACAUGAUUAAUACAUUCCCAAAAAAAUCACACUGACAGUAAUGUUAUUAAUUAUGCUGGAUAUGAAACAUGAAACCAGAGAGAU